AUGAACCGUUAUACAGAUGAUUUUUCUACUGAUCCAAAAAUUUUGGGAGAUCAUUUGAAGUUCAAUUCCGGUAGAGAAGCCCAGAAUCGAUUUCUGAAAGCGGCGCUGACUGAAAGAUUAUCCACGUUUGAUCCACAAAAUUUGACGAAACACGGAUUGCCAACUCAAAAGCUUUUGAAUACAUAUGAAAGAUGGGGACAAGGUGGAUUUGGUGUUGUUUUGACUGGAAAUGUUAUUGUUGAUUCAGUAAGUUCGUUUUAAAAAUUUGUUUGUUUGUUCAAAAUUAAAUUUGUUUUAGACACACUUGGAAUAUGCUGGAAAUGCUAUCAUUUUCAAAGAAGGUGACAGUGAAGAACGUCGUGAACUUUAUAAAAAAUGGUCCUCUAAUAUUAAAAAAGAUGGAACAUUGGCGAUUGUUCAAUUAUCUCAUGGUGGAAGACAAACACCAAUUGCUAUCCAACCACACCCAUUUAGUGCUUCCGAUGUUCAAUUAGUGACAAAUCCACCAAAUCAUGGAAAACCGAUUGCAUUGACUAUUGAACAAAUUCAAACUGAGGUGAUCGAUAGAUUUGCUUAUGCAGCCAAGUUUGCAUAUGAAACUGGAUUUGAUGGAAUUGAAUUGCAUGGAGCACAUGGAUAUUUGUUAUCACAAUUUACUUCGCCUACAACUAAUAAGAGAACUGAUAAAUAUGGAGGAAGUUUGGAAAAUCGAUUGAGAAUUAUUCUCGAGAUCUAUGAUGCGAUUAGAAAGCAAGUUCCAAAAGAGUUUAUCGUUGGAAUCAAAACAAAUUCAGUCGAGUUCCAAUCAGAGGGAACUACUGUAGAAGAUGCGAAAGAAAUUUGUAAACGAUUGGAAGAAAAGGGAUUUGAUUUUGUUGAGUUAUCAGGGGGGACUUAUGAGAAAUUUCAAUUUGAGCACCAACGAGAAUCAACUAUAAAACGUGAAGCAUUUUUCAUCGAAGUUGCUGAAACUAUCAGACCAGUUUUCAAAAACACUGUUGUUUAUUUGACUGGUGGAUUCCGAACAACAAAAGCAAUGGUUGAAGCAGUGAGUUCAGAUGUAACUCAGGGAAUUGGACUUGGUCGACCAAUCACAGCUGAACCUGAUCUUCCCAAAAAGAUUCUUGCAAAAACAGUAGCAUCCGCGCCGAAAAACGCGUUUGAUCCAAAUAAUUUCACACACAGUCUUUUUGGAUGCAUUACUCAAAUGGAACAGAUGGGAAGAAUCUCUUUAGAAGCACAUCCAGAAAUUGAGUAAGUUUUUGAUUUUUAAAAUCAACAAACACUGGUAUCAAGACUGAAAUUUACAAUUUUUCAUGAAACAUUUAUAUUUUUCAGCAUCAUGACGGAUAUUAGUGAUUUCACAAAUACCGAGACAGCAAAUCGAUACCUGGAAGUUUUUAAGGAUUAUAUCACAAAUCGGAAUAUUGACAAAUCUAAAGAUUUUGGUCUUCUAGUAUUUGAUUAA